UUGAUGAUUGGAUCAGGCUGUGACGCGGACAGCUCGAGAGAAGGCCUGGAAGAUGGCGGCCUCCUGGAGGCUCGGCUGUGACCCGCGCGUACUGCGCUGUCUCCUGAGCUUCAGCAGCCGGCGAAGCCCGGGGUUGAUUAAGGGGGUUCCUGGGUGGCCCGUCGGCUCCGUAACUAGUUGGAGAUGGUUUCACAACACUCAGUGGCAAUGGGCUGAUCCGAUUAAAAUACUAAUGCCAUCUCUGUCUCCUACAAUGGAAGAAGGAAACAUCGUGAAAUGGCUGAAAAAGGAAGGUGAAGCUGUGAGUGCUGGAGAUGCCUUAUGUGAAAUAGAGACAGACAAAGCUGUGGUUACCUUAGAUGCAAGUGAUGAUGGCAUCUUGGCCAAAAUAGUGGUUGAAGAAGGAUCUAAGAACAUACGACUAGGUUCACUAAUUGGCUUGCUAGUUGAAGAAGGAGAAGAUUGGAAACAUGUUCAAAUUCCCAAAGAUGUGGGCCCUCCACCUGUAGCUUCCAAACCAUCAGUGCCUCAGCCUUCACCAGAGCCACAGAUUUCCACCCCUGUUAAAAAGACACCCACAGCAGGAAAAUUGCAGAUCCGCUUAAGUCCAGCUGCCCGUAAUAUUCUGGAAAAACAUGCACUGGAUGUCAGCCAGGGCACUGCUACUGGCCCUCGGGGCAUAUUCACUAAAGAAGAUGCUCUCAAACUGGUUCAACUAAAAGAGACUGGCAAGAUCACUGAAUCCAGACCAAGGCCAGCCCCUUCCACUACUCCCACAGAACCUGUGCUUCCACAGGCCACAGCUGUACCAUCCCGUCCAGGGAUCCCACCAAUAUCAACUCCUGGCCAGCCCAAUGUCCCGGGCACAUUCACUGAAAUACCUGCGAGCAAUAUCCGAAGAGUUAUUGCCAAGAGGUUAACUGAAUCUAAAAGCACUGUGCCUCAUGCAUAUGCUUCUACUGACUGUGACCUUGGAGAAGUCUUGAAAGUUAGACAAAAAAUGGUCAAAGAUGAUAUUAAAGUAUCAGUAAAUGAUUUUAUCAUCAAGGCGGUAGCAGUUACCCUUAAACAAAUGCCAGAUGUUAAUGUCAGCUGGGAUGGAGAGGGGCCAAAGCAGCUGCCCAAUAUUGACAUCUCGGUGGCUGUGGCAACAGAUAAAGGUUUAAUUACACCAAUCAUCAAAGAUGUACCUUCGAAGGGUAUACAGGAAAUUGCUAACUCUGUAAAGGUUCUGUCAAAGAAAGCAAGAGAUGGAAAAUUGUUACCUGAAGAAUACAAGGAGGAUCUUCAGUAUUUCCAACUUGGGAUGUUUGGCAUUGAUGAAUUUACUGCAGUGAUCAACCCUCCUCAGGCCUGCAUUUUGGCUGUUGGGAGAUUCCGACCUGUGCUGAAGCAUGAGGAUGAAGAGGGAAAUGCCACGCUGCAGAAGCACCAGCUCAUAACUGUCACAAUGUCGAGCGAUAGCCGAGUGGUAGAUGAUGAACUGGCUACUAGGUUUCUUGAAAACUUAAAAGCAAAGCUAGAGAAUCCUAUGCUACUUACUUAGUUCUCAACAAUGAGAGCUUGGACUUGGGCUUUAUUUUAUGGUUUUCAUCAAGAAACAUACAGAAAAGGAAGACAGUAUUAUAGUGUGAAGUGUAUGGAAUGCUUAUUUAUUUAAGGUGAAAGAGUUUGACCAGGCUGUCUUUAUUUUCAGUUGGGGUAUAAUGUUGUAGAAAUAAGAGAUAACAAAUUAAUAAAAGAAAGAGAAUA